UCGAUCACGUGACGUGACGUAAGCAUACGAAGAUGGUGGAAGUUUCUUCUUCCUUGAAGUGAAUCCUCGACUGAAACCCAAACAUCCUGCUCACCCGGGGCUGGGAGCUCACUGCAGUGCGAGCAGUCUGGUUGUGAAAGCCUUCCGUCGGACUCGGGCUUUUAUCCCAGCCCUAUGUCAUGGCCAGUGGAGUCACCAAGUCGGGCACCACCAACGGUUACCCUAUGAAGGCACAGCUACAAAUCAUCGUGCUAUCAGCAAAACUAAAAGAGAACAAGAAGAACUGGUUUGGUCCAAGUCCGUAUGUGGAAGUGACGGUCGACGGACAGUCCAAGAAAACCGAGAAAUGCAACAACACCCACAGCCCCAAGUGGAAGCAGCCGCUCACUGUAAUUGUGACACCAUUCAGCAAACUGGUGUUCCGCGUAUGGAGCCAUCAGACCCUGAAGUCAGACGUGUUGCUGGGCAUGGCCACGCUGAACGUCAGCGAAACACUGAAGUCAAAUGACAUGAAAAUCUCUGAGGUGGUGCAGAGCCUACAGCUGUGUGCAGACAGGGACCAGACAGACGUGGUAGGAGACCUGUCUGUCUGCCUGGACGGCAUGACCGUCGACCCUGAAAUGUUCGCCAGCGCUGAAGCCGACCAUCCCACUACAUCAAACGGGGAAACACAACCAAAUGGUGAUCACGCCAUAAGGCGGAGUCGAGACAGCUCUCCAGCCGUGGACGUCGUAGAGCACAGGUCCUCUCCAGGUGGACGAAGGUCAACAAACAACACGGGGUCUCCCGUAGUGUCAUCAGGGAGCUCGAGGCCUCUCAGACCUCCACGGCCCUCCAGACCUCCUCCUCCGACCCCCCGCAGACCCGCCUCAUCACCAGCAUUGUCCAGCAACGGCUCUGCACCAGGAGACAGCAGCGAUGGUCAGUCAGUUCCUGCUACACCAGUGCGAACAGCAACCUCGUCAGCUCCAGACUCAAGUCCGUCGUCGGGCUCAGACAGGAACUCCGGAGCUGCGGCAACCAGACAGCCAACUAGCAGCAUCACCCCUGCUGUCACUCCCAGAGUCCCCGUCAACGCUGGACCGCUGCCCCCGGGGUGGGAGCAGAGGGUGGAUCAGAACGGCAGGCUGUAUUUCGUCGAUCACGUGGAGAAGAGAACGACGUGGGAGCGCCCUGAACCGCUGCCCCCUGGCUGGGAGCGCCGUGUGGACCAGAUGGGACGGGUGUACUUUGUCGAUCACAUCACAAGAACCACCACGUGGCAGCGCCCAACGAUGGAGACGGUGCGCAACUACGAGCAGUGGCAGCACCAACGCAGCCAGCUACAGGGCGCCAUGCAGCAGUUCAACCAGAGGUUCAUAUUUGGGCAGCAGGACCAGGCAGCAGCAGCCGCUCAAAAAGCAGAAUUCGAUCCUCUCGGCCCUCUGCCACAUGGAUGGGAGAAGAGAACAGACUCGACUGGCAGAGUUUACUAUGUUCAUCAUCCUACACGCUCAACGCAGUGGGAGGACCCGCGAACACAGGGGCUCCUGAACGAUAAGCCACUCCCAGAGGGCUGGGAGAUGAGGUUCACUGUAGACGGUAUUCCUUACUUUGUAGACCACAACAGGAGAACGACCACUUACAUCGACCCUCGCACUGGAAAAUCCUCACUUGAAAACGGACCUCACAUCACCUACGUCCGAGACUUCAAAGCCAAAGUGCAGUACUUCAGAUUCUGGUGCCAGCAACUGGCGAUGCCUCAACACAUCAAGAUCACAGUCACCAGAAAAACUCUGUUUGAGGACUCCUUCCAGCAGAUAAUGAGCUUCAACGCUCAGGAUCUGCGAAGGAGACUUUGGAUCAUCUUCCCUGGAGAAGAAGGCCUCGACUACGGAGGUGUUGCAAGGGAGUGGUUCUUCCUGUUGUCCCACGAGGUUUUGAACCCCAUGUACUGCCUGUUUGAAUACGCCGGUAAAGAUAACUACUGCCUCCAGAUAAACCCCGCCUCCUACAUCAACCCGGACCAUCUCAAGUAUUUUAAGUUCAUUGGACGCUUCAUCGCCAUGGCUCUCUUUCAUGGAAAGUUCAUCGACACUGGCUUCUCACUCCCCUUUUACAAACGCAUCCUGAACAAACCUUUGGCCCUCAAAGACCUGGAGUCGGUUGACCCUGAGUUCUACAACUCCCUCAUAUGGAUCAAGGAUAACGACAUCGAGGAGUGUGGACUGGAGAUGUUCUUCUCUGUGGACAAAGAGAUCCUGGGAGAAAUCUCCACCCACGAGCUGAAACCAGACGGAGGAGAAAUCCAGGUCACGGAGGAGAACAAGGAGGAGUACAUCAGGCUGGUAGCAGAGUGGAGGUUGUCCAGAGGGGUGGAGGAACAGACGCAGGCUUUCUUCGAAGGCUUCAACGAGGUCCUCCCUCAGCAGUACCUGCAGUACUUUGAUGCUAAAGAGCUGGAGGUGAUGCUGUGUGGUAUGCAGGAGAUCGACCUCACAGACUGGCAAAGAAACACAAUCUACAGACACUACGCCAGAAGCAGCAAACAGAUCAUCUGGUUCUGGCAGUUUGUUAAAGAGAUGGACAACGAGAAGAGGAUGAGGCUGCUGCAGUUUGUCUCUGGUACCUGUCGUCUGCCUGUUGGAGGCUUUGCUGACCUCAUGGGAAGCAAUGGUCCCCAGAAGUUUUGCAUUGAGAAGGUGGGCAAAGAAAACUGGCUUCCCAGAAGUCACACAUGCUUUAACAGACUGGACCUUCCCCCCUACAAGAGCUACGAGCAGCUGAAGGAGAAGCUGAUGUUUGCCAUCGAGGAGACUGAGGGCUUCGGACAGGAGUGAGAGGAAACUGUGUGGAGGUGAAUGCAGUGGGAGGAGUCUGAAGGAAUAAAAGACCACAAGUGUUAAAUUCAGGGAGUCUAUUGAGAAGCGGCAGGUGUCAGGUGUGCUUGUGCUUUUGCAUGCAUGCACACACCUGUAAGGUACCUUUAUGGGUAUGUGUGUCAGACUGUUGCCUGCAUGUCGAUGUUGCGAAGGAGAGCUGGGAUUUUUAUUUCUACUGCGUGCAGCCGGUCUGAAAGUUUUGUACUCUUUAAACCAAAACUCUGAGCUGCUCCUGUCUCUCAGAAUGUGCGGCACAUUUUGCAUGGGAUCCCGAAAACUCACCCUCUAUAACAUCUAUGUAAGGGAAUGCAGUAGAUUUUUCCUCCAUUACUGUGAUCAUUUAAUGGCAGGGGGGUUGGAUGCUACAGUCUCGUGAAGGCAUCUUUGACACCCUGAGUUCUCUGUUUGAAGUUGCUCUGCACUAAAGCGUCUGAUGGGUGAAAGGAGGCUGGACUGAGAGGGUGUGAUAUUUUUAUAAAACAGGGUUAAUUUUACCAAAAAUCAAAGUUGCUCUAAGAUUGUUUGUUGCAUUUGAAUGAGUUUCAUCUGGUUUUUCAUUCACCUCAGUGUCCUAUCCUUAGAUUUCUCUUUUUCAUCAUGUGACGAGGGUGAAUCUUAUUUAAUGAAACAAUAACACAUUAAAGAAUAAGAUAACUUUGGAAUUAAAGUGGAGCGCUCCAAAUAGACUAAUUAAAAACAGUGUAUUUUAAAGAGCAUGUGGGAGACUUCAGACAGCUUCUGGUUGCAAAGUGUUUUGAUCUGUGAACCGCUUCAUGAUUGUGAAAGUUUUGAAAGUCCAUUAUUUAACGUGGUGGGACAUUUUGAAGAGAACGUAAAUUGACCCUAGUUUUAUAGGGCCAGAGUUUGAAUGUUGUGAUGCAGGAGGGGGUUGAAUUAUUCUGGGAGAAUGUUAUAAAUUAUUCUUUUUAAUCUCAGUCAUUUACACCUUCUUUCCUCUUUAAACUUGGGGUGAUGUGUCUCUAUUUGGUAUAGGAAAGUAUUUGAAGAUUGUUCCAGCAGCACUGAAGAUUUGUCCAAGUUUAUGUCAAGUGGAAGAAAAACAAAACUCAGUUAAAAAAACCCAAAUGCAAGUGGAACCAAAUCCAUGUUUUUGGAUUCUAAAUGACAUUUUGAAAGCAAGAAAACAAACUGCAUGUUACUCAAACAAAUGCCGCCUAAAAAAUGGAUCAACAAAACUGCUGUCUUAUCUAAACGUGUUUCUUGCCUCACAGCAAACUGCUAAUGAAAAGAAACAGUAUUUUUUUUUGCAAAUUAAAAAUGAUUGUUGAGAAGAUAAAAUGCUGUGUUAAAAAAAGUAUUUUACCUUCAAGUAUUUCCACUUCAUAACAGUCAAAAGAUAAAACUUCAAAAUCCACAAGUCAUACACAAAGUGAAAUAAUGAAAUAACAAAGCUUUUAAUUCUGAAGAAGUUAAGAUUGUCACUGUGGUAUUGAUCAUGGGACAGUAUAUAUUAUAAAUACCUUUGGUUUGGUUUGUCUGACUUUACACUAAAGCUUCUCUUACACUGGAUAUGAGAAGUGGACGUAUCUUCACAAAUGAGCUUCUGCUCUGAUGUUUUGCAACGUAAAGUUUUGGGCCAAACAUCACGUGUUUGGUGUGAGUCAAGGUGAGUGAUUGCCAAGUUUUCAGACAUUGCUUCUAUCUUUGUGAGCCAGCUGCAUUCAUAAUGUCAAUUAUGAAUGUAAAUAAAUACUUUUGGCCGGAUAAAAAAACAUCUGUUCAGAAAAUGCACAUGGGAGCCAUGAUAAUCAAUCAUAUAUCUUGAAUAUAUCAAUUGAAACCUUAAAAUCACUAUAGAAAUGUUUCCUGAAGAGAUAUAAGAAAGAAAAGUUUGGUCAUUUCCGGUUGAGUAGCAUGGAUCUGACUUCUCUCUGCAGUCAGAGUUGACGCCCCCUGCUGGCUACAAGAAGGAAUGCAAGCUAAAGGCACUUUAACAAAGGCAGUACUUUUAAAACCAUGAGGCUAUGUCCACCUCUCAUACACAGUCUAUUCUUCUGAACAACAAUAACUCAUUAGAAAAGAUGAAUUCAGUUCAUUUUUUUAAUUGAAAAUAUAGGAACAGGAGGGAGUUUCUUAUUUUGGAGUGUCUUUGUGAAUGGAUUAAUCAAACACUGAACAGAGCGGUGUAGUUACUGAGGAACAUAAGAAUCCAGGUGUUUGUCCAACAAAGAAACAACAUUUUCCUCCACUUUCUUUGGUGCAGCGUGUGGGGAGUCCAGGUUCUGGAGGUUGUUUCCACAGGCACAUGGAGGUGGUCUGUCAUGUUUGUCAUUAGCCUUCAGGUAGCCUUAUUUUGACCCUCAGGCAUCAGGUAUCCAGACCGAGAGGACUUUGAAUUGUUCUUUUGAAGAAACUGCACCAGUGUUGCAAAGUUAGAAGAUGUAAGCUGAUGAACCUUGGCUUAAACUGUGACGUCAGCGUGGAAAUGACUACUGAGAUGACUUCAGUGUGAUAAAAUGAAUGUAUCAUGAUGAAAAGAUGAUUGGUAAAGUUGCCUAUUUACAUUUUUGCCUCAGAUUUUUACCCCGUGCUGAUUGAGUGCUGUUUUAAUCUUGUUCUGGUUAAAUCCUGGCGACAUAGUAAAUAAAAUAAAAAAAUGUAAAUAUCAAA